CUCGAUUCAAUGAUUUGACAGCCUGCGACAGCUCACGUACGGCGUGGUGCCGUGUUGAUAGACAGACACUUGGCCAACUGGACGCCCCGGACGCUAUUCCCGAAGCCUAGGCGUUGUCCACCGCACAGAUGCAUCAUCCUGCGGCGGCUGUCACCUUUCCAUGGCGGCAUUGUGGAUGGCAUAUCAAGGAGCCGAGUGAUGGCAUCGUGGUGUGGGCACAUGGCCGAUUGCGACGUCAAUGGGCAGUAGGGCGAUGCAUGGGACGACACUGCAUUGGCGUUGCAGGAAGCCAUUGCCAAGCGAUGAGGAUAGCAAAGCAUGGACACGCCACUCUACCAGGCCUGAUCAGUUGCCGGGCACGAGGGCACACACGAUUGGCCGUUGUAGACCAGAAAGAUGCAGUCGGAUGGCGAAGCAAGAUUUGCGUAGCGGAAGCUUUUACUACGGUGGUGGAAAGCGAAGCGGCACACCAAUGUUCAGUGCUCACCUCACUGCUCGGUGGCCUCGGCCGAGGAUGGAGAAUGGGAAGGGACACGAUAAGGUAUUUGAAGAUGGUAGGGGCGAGAAUGUGCGGCGUAAUGAGGUGUAGCAGACAGGUGAGAUGCCAUGAAGCCGUGAAGCCAUGAAGCCAUGAAGCCAUGAAGCCAUCCAUGAUGAAGCCAUGAAGCCAUGAAGCCAUGAAGCCAUGAUAGCAUGAUAUCAUGAUAGCAUGAUAGCAUGAUGCCAUAAAGCCCUGAUGCCAUGAUGAACAAUGGCAAUCACAGCAGGCAAGCAGCAAGUGCACGCGAGAGUAUCUAAGCAGAAUAGCUGGGCUAGCUAGUCACAGUAGUGCAUCAUGGUAGGGCGUUGGCGUGCGUACGUGCAUGAGGGACGAUGCAUCGAACCUUU